CUCACAAGUUCUGUUUCAUAUGUUCAUGUAAAGAACAAUGGGUUCUUUGCAUUCAUUUACCUUUGGAUUAAAAUGCAACAUAGUUCGAAAGAAGAGUUCUAUGUUUCAAUAUAUUUGCCAGCCAGCUGCAUGUUUUUUACUUACUUUUUUUUUCUGGAGACUUUCGGAUGGAGGGAAGGUGUUGGUAAUACCUAUGGAUGGCAGUCACUGGCUCAGUAUUCAACCAGUUAUGGAACGCCUUCAACACAGAGGACAUCAAGUAGUAGCUGUUGUUCCUGAUGUUAAUUUGUGGAUGAAACCAUCUGAACAUUACAUAGUGAAAACAUUUGCUGUACCCUAUUCAACGGAAUACUUGAAAACAGAACUUCAGAAAUUGGGUCAUAAGAUUUUUGUACAACAGCCUUUCCUGACAAGAAUUACUGAGACAUUUGCAAGAAUAAGGAAUAUUACAAUGCUUUACUUAAAUAACUGCAAACAGCUUUUAUACAACAAAGAUUUGAUUACUUACCUUCAAGAAAGCAGAUUCAAUGUUGUAUUUAUGGAUCCAGUGUCUCCAUGUGGACAGAUUGUGGCUGAGUAUUUAUCCAUCCCUUCUCUCUUCUACUUACGUGGAAUUCCAUGUGGUUUAGAUUUUGAGGCAACUAAGUGUCCAAAUCCACAUUCUUAUAUCCCCAAAUUCUAUACGGGCAGUACUGAUUAUAUGACAUUUAAUCAACGAGUGAAGAAUUUUUUAGUUGGUUCAUUUCAGUUCAUGAUGUGUUACUUUAUUUACUCACCAUUUGAAACUUUGAUCAAGGAAUUUCUGCAUCGAGAUAUGACAGUACUGGAGCUUUAUAGUCAAGCCUCAAUUUGGCUUCUGCGCUAUGACUUCGUGUUUGAAUAUCCAAGGCCUAUCAUGCCAAAUAUGGUUUUCAUUGGGGGUAUAAACUGUGCAAGGGAGAAUCCAUUAACACAGGAAUUUGAAAGCAUAUUGAAUAAAUCUGGUGAAGAUGGAAUUGUGGUGUUUUCCUUGGGCUCAAUGAUUUCUGAAAUUCCAAUUGAAAAAGCCAUGGAAAUUGCUGAAGGAUUGGGAACAAUACCACAGACAGUGCUGUGGAGAUAUACUGGUGAAGCUCCAGUCAACCUUGCGAAUAAUACAAAGCUGUUUAAUUGGCUUCCGCAAAAUGAUCUACUUGCUCAUCCCAAAACCAGAGCCUUUAUUACACAUGCGGGCUCCCAUGGGAUCUAUGAGGGGAUUUGCCAUGGAGUGCCAAUGGUGUUAAUACCACUUUUUGGAGAUCAAGCAGACAAUGCAGUACGAAUAGAGUCUCGAGGAGCAGGAGUGAAACUGGAUGCAAUUAAAAUGACAUCAAAGGACCUGUCUAAUGCACUGAGGACUGUUAUUUAUGAUAAAAGGUAUAAAGAGAACAUUCAGCAUCUUUCAGCUCUUCACUUAGACAGACCCAUUGAACCUCUUGAUCUUGCAGUACAUUGGAUAGAGUUUGUCAUGAAGCACAAGGGAGCUCCCCAUUUGCGACCAGCAGCUUAUGACCUCAACUGGAUCCAGUACUAUUCCAUUGAUGUCAUUGCCUCCCUCCUGGCUGCAGCAUUCUUUUUCCUGUUCAUCUCAGUGAAGGGUUGUCUGUUUUGCUGCAAGAAGUGUUUCUGCAAAAGUGCAAGACUAAGCAAAAAAAACAAGUCAAAAUCCCAAUAAUGAGAAAAAAAGUCAAGACAAAAUGAGGUAGGUUAUAAAGAAAAAAAGGAGGAAAGGGUCCUUGCUUUUGUUGGAAAGUGGCAACAAAACUCAGAAAAAUUAGGUGCUCUCCUUUGGUGCCUUCAAUCAAAGUAUCAACGGCAGCCACUUUGCUCUGCCUGGCCACCUCAUUUUGAUGGAAAUGUGCUCUCAUGCAGAAUGCCAUGAAAGGCCAGCACAAUGGCUGUUUUGACUUUUCUAAAAGGGGGACACAACUGUGCUUUGCAAAACUGCGUUAAAGGGGUGCUUUGUCAGUGGCUUGAUUAAAGUGAAGCACCUCUUGAAUUUUUCAAAGAGCCUGUUUUUAGGGCAAAUCUUCAGGUGAUCUUUUAAAUGAAGCAGAAAACAAAAUAAUUUAAAUGAAUCAUUUAAAGCCUACAUUAAUAAAUUUAAGGGGGUUGUAGGUAUGUUUCAGAAUCUUAUAGUUCGUGGAACUCUUAAGAAAUCAGCUAUAUAUCUAAUUUGUCUUCUACUGUGAAGAAGUGCAGGAUUUUAUGAUUUUUUUAAACAGUAAAUGAAAAAGCCAGCAAGAAUGAUCAGAUAAUAAAGAUUGAUAGGUGGUUUUGCACCUUUAACUGUUAUGCAGGAGAUGGAAUUUUCAGUAAUGUAACAUAACAUACAGGUAGGGAUGAAAAGAUACAUUUGUUAGUAUUCUCUCUUUUACAGAAUUCCUGCUUCCCUUUACAAUUAGUCACUGUGGAAAGAAAACAAAAAAGAUGGACAUAUGUUAUAAAGGAUUAAAAGUGGACUCUAGACUAGAGCUUUAAAUGUGAGUCAUAGGCCUAGAAAAGCUGAAGAUUACAGGUUUUGUGAAUGUGCAAAUAUAAAGGACUAGCUAUCAUGGUGCUCUAAUACUGCAACAUCUGGCUGAAAAAUAUUCAUCCAAGAUAGGCUCUGCACUGUCUACUCUACACACUUUUAUGGUGCUCUGUGACAUUAUUGUUUUAUACUUAUACUUUCUAUCCCUGAAGUCAUGCUAUUUUCACUCUAGUUUCUUUCCUUUUCUUCCAUUUUUCCACAACAUCUACUCUGGACACCACCAAAAUAUGCUCUAUACUACAUUCAUAACCUGAGAGAGAGAGACAGAGAGAGAGAGAGAGAGAGAGAGAGAGAGAGAGAGAGAGAAAAUCAGGAUGGAAAUUAUUUUUUUAAAAUCCAAGCCUCAAACUUAAGCCCAAUAUUUUGUGCAUAUACAUAGCAUCAUUUUUGCCUGGUAAAAAGAAGUCAAUUCUUUUUAAAAACUUCAUUUAUGGAAGUGACUGUUGCAAUCACAUCCUUUCAUUAUUCUAGUUCUCACAAGAUUAUUUCAGUAAACAGAGAUGCCAUUUUACAUCUGAACAAUUCCCUGCACAAAUAUAAUUCAUGCAUAGAAAAUAAUAUAUAUGAGGGAUAUGCAAAAACAAUUCGACCUGGUUCACAGUCAGAUCAUCGGCUUGAAAAUUCAUCUUGAGUUGGUCUGGAGAGAGAGGAAUAAUUUAUCCCAACUCAUUCCCAAUUUUAUUUGGGGAAUUAUUUGGGAAAACCUAAGCACCAUCCUCCCAUGUUUCAUUAUGUGGAAAAAAUGCAAAUAUGUAAUAAUGCCUUUAGUAUUUCUGCUUAACACUUUCAUUUAUCUUGUUAUUGUCUUAUUACUUUAAGCAUGGCUGUGGAUUCCAAAGUUUACAGUGUAGCCUGCUAAAUCAUUUCACUAAAUGGUAAACUUAAAAUUGGGGUUCAGUCUAAAAUCCCCCCCAAAUAGUGCAUAUAGCACUAAUGCAGCUGGAGUCAUGUUGUUAGUUAGGAAAGAAGUUAAUGGAAUAAUAGUGCAAAUAUAUAUUGAUACUUAUGGGCAUUUUAUUAUUUUUAACCUGACAAUAUUAGAAGUUUAGUUCUUAUUCUUUAGUUCUUUAUGGGCCUACAAAAAUGAUCCUGAAUUAUUUCAUAGUAACAUGGCAAGAAUGCGUGUAUUAGUAUUGCGAGCCCAGCAACAGAAUAUAGCAGUUCAAGCUGGGAUGAUGUCGGGCAGCAGGGAGGGCAGUACACCAACAGCAAGCCCGACUGUUCCCUAGAGCCCAACUUCAACUGUUCCCUAGGGCCUCACAUCUGUGGAGUAGUGCCUCUAAGAGCCCUCAGUGACUUGUGGAUGACAACAGCCACCCCACAUACCCCCCAUAAUAAGAUCACAGAUGAGGGCAGACUUAUUACAGACUGAUCUGGCAUUCAAAAACAUCACCCAGAGCCCAGGACCAUCGAGGAUCCGGUUACUUAGUAUAGAGGAAGAGUGCUGAAGGCCAGACAUCAGGAUCAUUCUCAUGCAGUGUCCUUGGCGUCUUCAUGUGGAACCUGCCUUCAGAUUCCCACCAUAUCUACCCCUGCCCAUCACAGUCUCAAUGUUACUGCCUAUCCUCUCUGCCCCAUUCCCUCCCACUCCUACCUCCUACCUCCUAGGCAGAGUCUCUCUCUCUCUCUCUCUCUCACACACACACACACACAUAUACACACAACCUAUGCCACAUACAGUACUGUG